AUGGCGGACCCAGUAUUUGAACCAAGAGCGCUGCUAAGCAACGGAACACAGUCUUGCCUGUCCCUUCCUGACUUCCAGGGGUUCUUCAUAUCACCUUGUUACUCACACCCGACGGAACUCUGCGUGGCUCCAACGGUGUCGAGGCCACCGGCAACCGAAGACACGUCUGUCCACAACUUUUCAGUUGCUGAGGCCGGUUACCAUCUUGAAUUUGGCCCCAAUCCCUGGGAUGUCACUGUUGACAGCUCCGGUCAGGGUUUGAGCUAUUCUGAUCCGGACAGUCCUUGGUCGUCUUUCGCUCCAGACACUCCUCCUUGCGUUGGCAUCGUGACUUCAGCUAUGCCGUUGACUCCACAAGGAUCUUCCUUUGGAAUCAGUGGAGACGACCCUGGGGAAAACGAGCAACACAAGUUUCCCACGCACCACAAUGAGGAGAAACCGACUGUCAACCCCAGUCAUUUGGAUAUGAGCCACUAUCAAGCCACGUACGACACUGAAAUCCAGGACUCGGGCUCCUAUAUCAAUACUCAGGCCUGCUCUUACUCCCCUUUUUCUGGCCUGGGGCCUUCGGGUCCCCCUCCUAUCCCACAAACUUACUCGGAAUAUUCAUUUGACCAACCCGUUGAAGCCUAUCAGACCUCUGAUCCCCCUUUGACUGGAAAACGAGAUUUCAACCAAUACGGUUCGGCAGAAGUAGCAGGAGCCCACCCUCCACCCCUCUACGCUUCAUCAUCAUAGACGAUGGAUCCCGAACAGCCUGCGGUUGGAGACUUGGACCUGAGUCUAGAAACAGACUCGGGGUUUGAUCCAAACAACAUUGAAGCCCUACCACUCUCGGUGGGCCCAAUAUAUGCUAUUCCUGAGCAAGUUGGCUACCCACACAAUCAACAAACUAUUCCCUAUCAACACUCGUUUCAACACCAAUCUCCGGCCUGGCAUCAACAACAGCCACCACUGUCUCUACCAGUUCAGCCCUCCCAGGACGUCCCCUCCGAGGACGACGAUACCAUGGAACAAUCUAGCGACCAGGAGGAAUUAGCGAAACUGACAGCAU